AUGAGGCUCAUUCUACUUCUACUCGUCCUAGCUGUGACAACUCAAGCGGGCUUGCUGGACAUCGGUAAAGUGAAAGAUUUCUUCAAAGGAGGAAAAUACGGCGAGAAAAUUAAAAACGCGACACUCUUAAAGUUCAAGAAGUUAUUUGAAAAAACCGGCAUACUUUCCCUUGGCAGCAAGUUGUCCGAGAUGAGAAGCAAGCUGAUGAAGAAGCUCGAACUCUCAAAACUCAAGAAAGUAGAAGUUGACCGCAAGAUUAAGGAAAUCUUGGCCAAACGGGAUGAUACAGUAGAAAAGGCGAUUAACACAAUAUUCGAUAUCAAUGCUGGUAACAACGUCGGCCAACUACUUUACCAAAGUGACAUCCUUCUGACAAAGAAACAAGCAGAAGAAGUCAUCGAAAGUAUCGAAGGAAAGAACGGUCAAAUGAAGAGACAAGCAUUCAAGGAUGACUUCUACCCUGAUAACAAUUGGGUGGACGGAGUCUUUUAUAGAUUCGACGAAAGCAUAGGUCUGCUUGAUGUUACAAAUACCAAGAAAAACAUCUUCUAG